CAAGCACAACCUGCGCCGCUCCAAACUCAACUACAGGCCAAGUAUCAAGAUCAUCCAGAGCAACUGGCCAACUUCAUCGAUGGCUUGCUGAGAGAAGAGCAAGGGAUCCUCGCAGAAGCCUUGGCCGGGUCGCGGGCACGGGUGGAACCACCCCCCAGUGCCUCUGUGGUCCUCAACCCACAUCACAACAUUGAGAGCCGGCUCAUGGAUAUGCGAAGGGCGAUUCAGGGUCUGAAAUGUUCCGUAGGCCACCUUGAAGAUCUGCAGGAUGCCUUUGACUUCCGUUACAAGACGCACCAGAUGUUGGGAAGUACGCCCACUCCUGAGGCUGCAGCCCAAAGAACACGGGCGUUGCAGGACAUGGUGAAUAAUGUGAACCGUUGCCGCAAAGAACUCUUGGAUCGGAUCAACGAACUGCUAGGCCGCUCCGAUACCCUGAGGGACUUUCUGCUGGCAGAGCUAGCAGUGUGGCAAGAUUGCCAGCGGCGGGCGUGUAUUGGGGACAAUUGUGACACCAGCUUGACAGAACUGGAGAAGUGGUUCACCGGGAGUGCUGAGAACCUCUUCCAUUUGUUGCUGCUGCUUCGCACCCUGGAGGAGCUGCGCCAGAAGGUGUCCUAUGAAGGAGAUCCCCUGCGGGUCCAGUUGCCCCAGCAGGAGAAGCGGCUGAAAGAGCAAAUUGCCAGUCUUUUGAAAAGUGCAUUUGUGGUGGAGAUUCAGCCUUCCAUGCCAUUGCCCAACCGCCGGCCUCUGGUGCUGAGAACCAGCAACAAGUUCUCUGUCCGUGCCAGGCUCCUGGUGAAGCUGCUGGAUCGAAACCACCCGAUGGAAGUGAAGAUUGAGAUCGACCGGAACGCUGCUAAUUUGGAAAGGUUUCGGAGGUUCAACAUCUUGUCGUCAACCACCAAAACCAUGGUGAUGGACCGGCCCCAGGUGGGGCUCAUCUGUGACUUCAAGUACAUUAUGCUGAAGGAGCAGAAAAGCGGUUUGGGCAAAGGCAAGGGCAGCAAAGGCCUCAGUGAGGGAUUGUUGCCUGUCACAGAGGAGCUCCACACCAUCACUUUCAUCCUGGACUAUUGCUACCAAGAUUUUACCUGUCAGCUGCAGACAUCCACUUUGCCAGUGGUGGUCAUCUCUAAUACCAACCAGAUGUCCAGUGCUUGGGCCUCUAUCUUAUGGUACCUCAUGUUCAGUCCAAACCCAACGAACCAGCUAUUUUUCUGCAAUCCACCUGCUGCCACCUGGGACCAGCUGUCCCCAGUCCUGAGCUGGCAAUUCUUGGCUGCUACUGACCGAGGCCUAAACGCAGAUCAACUCAAGAUGCUGAGAGAAAAACUCUGUGGACCAAAUGCGACAUCGCAGAGCACAGUCGCCUGGGCACAGUUUGCCAAGCCUACUUCGUACGCUUUCUCCUUCUGGACCUGGAUUGAUGGGAUCUUACUCCUGAUUAAGGAGCACCUCCUGCAACUCUGGAACAACGAUCUCAUCAUGGGGUUCGUGAGCCGCAAGCGGGAGAGGAGUUUGCUGAAGAAGAAGAGGGCAGGCACCUUCCUGCUGCGCUUCAGUGAGAGCACCGCCAGUGGGGGCAUCACCUUUACCUGGGUGGACUUCGACGACACAGGUUCCCCCAGAUUCCAGUCAGUGGAGCCCUACACCUGCGUCGAGCUCAAGUCCCUGGCGCUGCCAGACAUCAUCCAUGACUAUCACUUCCUGGCUAUGGAGCAAAAAUCUGAGAAUCCACUGAAGUACCUCUAUCCUGACACGCCCCGGGAUACAGCUUUUUCUCCUUACUAUAGCGAACGCCGGGAAGCGGACCUGACAGAAGAGAGACGCUACUUGAACCGCCGCCUGAUCAGAGUCUCGUCUCAGCAGCCAGAAGAGGCCCAGGUUCCCAGGCCGGAUGGUUUGGCCCUUGCAGAUGAUGAGCCCUUGAACCACGAUCUGGCGGGAUUGGAGCACUGCGUUGAAGUUCCCAGGCUGAAUGGUUUGGCCCUUGUAGAUGAUGAGCACUUGAACCACGAUCUGGCGGGAUUGGAGCAGGGCGUUCAAGCUCCCUGGCUGAAUGGUUUGGCCCUUGCAGACAAUGAGCACUUGAACAGUGAUUUGGCGGGCUUGGCACGCGGCCUGCAAUGCCUUCUGUCCGACAGGCAAGAUCCUUUCCUCCCACUGCCGGGUGAUGAUCAGCAGUUGCUACCGCCGCCCAUUCGUCUGUUUGAGGCACCUGAUGAGAUCCCGGAACUGAAUGUGAUGCCUCAUGAGAUCCCAGAGCUGAACGUGACGGCUGGUGAGAUCCCAGAGCUGAAUGUCGAUGAAAGCGAUUUUCAAUAGGCUCCCAUGUACCGUCACUGCUCCCCACUUCGAUACGACAGGCUGGCAUCUUCUUGGAAAUAAAAGCAGGUCCACCAGAGGAGGGUUGAUGGCGAUGGUGUGAUGAUUUCUGGCAAGAUGGAGGCCUAAAACUGUGGCUCUGCUCCCUUCUGACUGCCUACUGUCUUCCUUGUGCCCCCCGCCAUGGAGCAUGGCUUUCUUAUUAAUCAAUUCAAAGAGGAUGCUGAACCAGUUUUGAACUUGCUCUUGAGUGUUCUGAUCGAGAGAGAGGCUGGAGACUGGGAAUGCCUGAAAAUGGGUGCGUAGGCAAUGAGAGUUCUGCUAGUUUGGGUUUUAGGUAUUUGUGGGCUACCAUGCUUGCCCUUCCCAUGUGCGGCUGCCAGCUCAACCUGUAUAUUUGUAAAUAAAUAUGUCCUGUC